AUGGCAGGAGGGCCCCUUAGCAUCAAGGAGGAAAUGGAAAUGUCCAUGGAUGAAGACCUGGUUUCUGUAAGCCAUGGUAAAAAUCAAGAACACCUGGUGAUAGCAGAAAUAAUAGAUCAUGGAUCCCAGUCCCUUGGUACUUCUCAGCGGCGACAGAGGUUGGAGUCAAAGGCUGCUGGCUCUGCUGGAGGCCAACAGGUUUGCAAUGUGACCAACUCCCGGUCCAGGAAAAUGGGUUCUCAUCUGCCGGUACGCAGAAUGGCAAGAGAACAAGGCCAUGAGGAUGGUCAUCCCCAGGAGUGUUCUGGCAGCUUCCAUGGCAAAAGAUUCCAUUCUGAGCGCAACUCAGAGGCAGAUAUAAUUGCAGAGAUUGGCUUGGAAGAGACACAUGAACUGGAGAUAGAAGCCAUAAGAAAACAGCAGCGUGUGAACAAUGAGCGUCUGAGCACCCUGGAGGACCAGGAAAUUGCCAGAACCCACAGGGAAGUUAUGCUCUUUAGCAUGCUGCUGUCGGUCUGCAUAGUCAACCUGUGGCUGUGGAUUCGCCAGUGAUGCUUCACCAGCCAUCCUACCAACAGAGCUUUCUCCUCCUUCCCUUUAUUCCUUUCUUUCCCUGGGCCACCCUUGCCCUUCCUCCUUCUGUUUCCCAGCAGCUCCCAGCAGCAGCAGGGCCAUUUUCUAACUCUGGUUGGACCCCCUGCUGGGGGAGGCCUUUAGCUGCUGGGAGGUGCAGGAAGAUCCAAAAGGGCUGAGAUGCAGCCCUUUGGAGGGUCAAGUGGGGACCAUAUGAUCCUCACAGUAACACCAGUGGCAGGUGCUUCCUGCCUGUCCAUCAGGACUCCACAGUGACCAUCUUGUCCCUUUUGUUCCAUCCUAUGUGGCAGGGGCUUGGCUAUGUUCUCCUGUUUCCUUCCACAUUGUGCACAGGGUUCUGCACAGA